AUGGAGCCGAUCAAGUACGAGAAACUUGGUAAGAAGUUCACAGAAAUUGAAUUCAAGCCAGGUGUUGCUGUCACACUCAAGCAGAAGAAAGCUGAGUGCGUUCUUUCUGUCGAUGAAAAGAUUGAAAACCCAGCUCUCUCAGCUGAGUUCAAAGUCAAGAAGGCUGGCAAGGCCAUCGUUGGAUUUGCAGAGGGCAAGCCACAGAUCUCAAUUAUUCCAAAAUUAGACAAGAUCAAAACAGAGUUAACAAUCAACCCACUUGAAAACACAUUUGUUUUCUCCACAAAGAAGAAGAUAAAGAAGAUGAAGACAAAGGCCAUCUUCGGAUUCGAUUCUGCUAAGCUUGCUCCUUCAUUACUCCUUAUGCCAAAGUUCAAGGUCAACAAGAUGAAGGUCCACGCCGACAUUUUGUUAAAGAAGCCAGAGGAAGAUCUUCCACCAGUUCUCUUCGAUGCACAGGCCAAGAUCAAGAAAGUUAACUUCGUUGCUUGCUUCGACGAAGAAUCCAAGGAAUACCAAGCUGGUGUCUUUGCCAAGAUAGCAAAGAAGCUCCAUGCCGGUGCUCUCUUCCACUUCCAGCCAACACAAGAGAACCUUCUCGCAUCAAUCGAUCUCUACUCCAAGCUGAAGUACAAGGGACACAAGGCAGGCCUCAUUGUUUCAUCUCUCCAGACAGGCAAGUUCAACGCUCAAGGAAAGCUCGGAAAGAAGGUCAAAUACGGUCUCAACGUUAACUACGACAAGGAUAUCAACGGAUCCUUCGGCAUCAAGGCUGACCUUAAGAAGAUGGACCUCAACCUCGUCUUGAAGGCCACAAAGGAGGCAGAAAAGGAGAUCACUCCAGGACUUCUCGGAGAAGCUAAGUUCAAGAUCAAGAAACUCGGAAAAGCUAAGGUUGGCCUUUCAAUCCCGAACCUCAGUGAUGCAAAGGAAAUCAACUACUUCGUCAAUCUUAAGAUCAAGGACUAA